AAAGCAUGACAAAGCUUGUUCAUUAUGCUCCAGAAGCAUGGAAUGUGCUUCGGGGUGUGUUUUGUGUAUACAAGCCGGCAGACAUGACAAUUGGCUUUCUGAGGCGUGUUGUAAUAAGUAACCUCUGCCGGGACCUGAGUGUGUUAAAACCUCGACCAGCAACUCCAUUUGUAUCUAUUGAAGGUAGUGUUGGUGAGAGUCUGGUGGUUAGAAAGAAGAGGAACUUUGCUGACGAUCCACUGGUACUUGGCCCAAGGUAUCAACCACAAGACAUCAAACUGUCUUGGGCUCUUCAUGUGGAUAAAAAUAUUUCAGGUGUAUGUGUACUUGGGCUCAACUCUGGCAAUAAAGGAACUCACGUUGUGAGAGAUGGAAGAUUAAUUCGAACGUAUACAGUUUCUGGUCAGUUUGGACGAUCCACUGACACGCAUUUUCAUGAUGGCAAGGUGGUAGAGAAGUCGAGAUAUACUCAUGUGACGAGGGGCAAGUUGCUGAGGGCACUCAUGACCAUCCAAUCAUCCCAUCAGCAAAGUGCAGUUAACUUCCUGGGUCUAGAUCCCCAGUCACAGGCGGCCUACGAUGCUCUGUCCUCCGAUGGACUGGUAAGACCGGGCAGUAAGUCACCGCCUAUGAUAUAUGGUCUUAGUAUUGUUGACUUCAAUCCACCUGAUUUUAUACUUGAGGUUGCGUGCAUCAAUGAAACUGGUGUUUUUCUUAAAAUUCUGGUUCACGAUAUUGGGCUUAAACUCAAAACCUCAGCAGUAUGUACACAGAUGCGUUGUAUCCGCCAUGGACCGUGGACGCUUGACCAUGCACUGCUUCGUAAACACUGGACUUUAGAACAUAUAAUCAAUAAUAUUGGUGUUUGUCAUCCCAUGGUUAAGACAAUAACACCACGGACACCCAGUCUGAUGAGUAUUGAUAAGGUAAAUUCUGAAAAUUCAUGUACCGGUAGUGAGAAGUGAAAUCAAUUGAGUAGUUAUAUUCCCAAUUGUGAAUUACUACAAAACCUUGUAGAUAGAUUUUGUGUACAUAAUAUUUGUAAUUAAAUUGGUUUCUGUAUACAGUA